UUCCAAGAUGGCAGCUCUCUGUGUACUGGUGUCGGGUUGUGGGCGGCUGUUCCGAGGGCUCCUGGCCAGCCCUGCCGCGACUAGCUGGGCUCGGCCUCCAGAUCGCGGGUUCAGGGAAGUGGUGGAGAUCCAAGAAGGGAAGACAACUAUAAUCGAAGGCCGUAUCACAGAGACUCCCCGGGAAAGUCCAGAUCCCCCUAACCCCUCUGGCCAGUGCCCCAUCUGCCGGUGGAACCUGAAGCACAAGUAUGGCUAUGAGGAUGUUCUGCUGCUCAGUCAGUUCAUCCGGCCUCACGGAGGCAUGCUGCCCCGAAGGAUCACAGGGCUGUGCCGGGAAGAGCACCGCAAGAUUGAGGAGUGUGUGAAGAUGGCCCACCGCGCAGGUCUGUUGCCAAAUCAUAGGCCUCCGCUCCCUGAAGGAUUUGUUCCGAAAGGCAAACUCCAACUCAACCGGUAUCUGACCCGCUGGUCCCCCCGCUCCGUCAAGCCCAUCUACAAUAAAGGCCACCGCUGGAAUAAGGUGCGCAUGGCCGUGGGCUCGCCCCUCCUGAAGGACAACGUCUGCUACUCAAGAAGGCCUCUGGUGCUGUAUCAUUGACUGAGCGGGCUUCCUGAGGGCCUGGCCGGAGCUCCUUCUGCUCUCCCACCCCUUCCUAUCAGGGUGGCCCGGCUCCUCCAACAUGUGUGGCACUGGUGGCUGUGGACCACCUUUCAUGCCCUUGGCCUGCUAGCAGCCGUGCUGGGAGCUGGGGGCGGGCAAGGCUUUUGGGUUCCUGGCAGCUGUGGGGGUCUCAUGACUGGUUGGGGCCAUGCUCUGUGCUAGAGGACAGGAGUUCUGCUCAAAGGAAUGUCAUAAACCAGGCUCAUGUUUACCCUGGGUGUGUGCUCACUGCUUGGGAAGUUUGGGGGGCU